AUGGCCGUCUUUUCCCUUAUCAAGCGCGGUCGACAACAAGCCAAAGAACACAGCGCCAAGCAAGCCGACAAAGCGCAACAGGAGGCUGCUAAGACACCGUACAAACAUGUCCCAACACACGCUGCCAUUGAUUCUAUAUCAGGAGCUCCGGCAAGCUGGCAACAUGAAAUUCGCCCAAGGAUUCAGGAGGAGAACCGCAGGCGAAGCGCUAUGGUGACUUCAUCCGCAAGUUCUCGAAGCGUCCCACGCGUUGGAAGCUCGCUUUCAAAUGUCUCCUACCCGCCAAUUAGCUACAAUCCCGUUGUAUCAUUGCCAAAGAACUACAGUCGGAACAGCCUACCAGGUGAUUGGCAUGAAAGGAGAUCGAUCAACUACUCCCAGGUGGAUUAUUUCGGUGAUGUAGGCAGCAUCAAAGGGAAGGAACGGGCAGUUGUGUCUUCUUUGCCUCCAAAGACUUCCGUCCAUGCACAAGCCAAACCUCCACAGCAUAUGAGCGUUGAAAAAGCUGAGCCGCACAUGGCAAGCUCCGGGAGCUCGAGCUCAUCUGAGGAGGACCUCGAGAUGAGGCCGGCCCGUACAAUAUCAUAUCGGUCCAGUACUGCCACCGAUGAGACGAAGCCUCGCCACUUGCAACAGACUCCUGCAAAUACCCCAGGCUUGCAUAGGCUACACCCAUCCUAUCAGCGAAGGCUAUCAGGACAGCAUGAACAAACUCAACCAUCAACCCCUCGCAACACACGGUUUACAGCGCCUCGGCCCAUGAAUCCCCAGGCACUUACCGCUGCUCAAUCUAUCCCACCGGUCCCUUUGCUGCCAACUGCGUACAAGAAUCUAGCGAGACCCUCCGCACCAUCAUCUGGCCCUCCUUCUGUUGCAUCGUCUACUGUCUCUGGCCUCUCAACGACCCCAAGCUCGGUUCACUCUACACCAGUGGCUACCCCUUUCCCUUCAUCGGACAAGUUAUCGUCGAUGCCUAAAGACAAAGAUUCGUCCGAACGAAUGAUGAAGCCUAAAGCCACCAGGUUUACCGAAGCUACAUCCCCCGUGCGCCACAACGUCAAAAUCAUACCUUCUGUACAGAUCACACCUACUCGCACAAUCGAAGAUGCUACCAGUCCCCUACCUCGGACCGUGGAACGCUCCAUAUCUGAGCUCGAACCUGUCGUCCCUGGGAAGAGCUCUGGGAAGCUCGUUAAGAGACAAGAGCUGAAACCUGCCAACGAUCACAAGAAGAGAAGGUGGUCGUUCAGGACCGGCAAGCAGGCGGAUGCAGUCGCAGCGUAG